AUGGCAACCCCAAUGGGAUUGAAGAACUGGAAAUGGACUUUAAGCGCAGUGGUGAUACUAUUGGCUAUUUGGCUCGUCUUGAGUCGUUUCGCCGAGAUGACAAGUGGUGCAUGGCCGAUGUGGAUAAUCAGUUUCACGGCUAUUGUAAUCCUGUAA